UCGCCACGGCAAGCAUGCAAGAACAACCUACGAAGCCUACGCUGGAAGUGGAAGCUCAAGCAACAUUACCAUCAACAACAACAGAAAUACAAACUCUGUCACCAACUAUGGAGAACAACACAGGCAACAAGCGACCCGUGAGCAGGAUCAAUACAUGCCCAUCGCGAAUGUGAUCCGAAUCAUGCGUCGAAUCCUCCCACCCCAUGCCAAAAUAUCUGAUGAUGCUAAAGAAACCAUCCAAGAAUGUGUGUCUGAAUUCAUUAGCUUUGUCACCAGCGAGGCCAACGAGCGGUGCCAUCAGGAGCAGCGCAAGACUAUCACCGCGGACGAUGUUUUGUGGGCGAUGGGAAAGCUGGGGUUCGACAACUACACUCAGCCUCUCAGUCUCUUUCUCCAGCGCUACCGUGAGGCGGAGAGAGAGAGCAACUCUGUGCGCGGGGAGAGUCUUCCAAAGCGCGGAUUAGAUUAUGGUGCUGCUGCUGCUGUUUCUCUGCCUCCCAUUUUGCCUGCAUUUAACGUGAGUGGCAACAUUCAGACAAUGAUGUAUGAUCCUGCACAAGUAGUGAUGGGUGGAUACUACAGGGAUGAAUCUGGAGGCUCUUCAUCACAGCAGAAUGUGAACAACAUUCAUGGUUUUGACAACUUUCCGCAGGGAGUGCCCGGCAACAAGAUUGAUGAUCAAUCGUUCUGUGUUUCUUUUUCCCAUUCAAAUGAGAUGAAAGAACUAAGACGCAUGCGUAUUGGAUUGGAUAAAUUGGUUGCUGCCAUUUUCCCCAACAUUACAAUUGAAAAUCCAUGGAUGAAGAAGUUCAAUGGCUCUAUCAUCAAUACAGAUAUCUAA